AUGGACCACGAUAUCCCAGCAGUGGACCAAUCAGGUGCAGAGUCUAAAUAUUAUUAUAAACUAACCUAUAACACCAGUAACCUUAGUUGCGAUACUAGUGGCCCAUCGGCCAAUCAAAAUGCUAAUGACAAUGAUGACAACAUAUCCCAUGAUUCUUAUGAUCUGGCGGAAGGUCGGAGAUCUUCCACUCAGGAAGUGUUUUCUACAGUUUUGCAUAUUUCCGAGAAUGACCUUCUAAAGGUAACAGAGAAUGCUAGUCCUACGUCCCCUGAUGCUAUCACAGAAAAAGUAUCUAUCGGGGAUGAGAAAUUAGCAAACACUUUCUCUGAAUCUGUAGAAAGUCAUGAUAAAAUAGAUGGUAGUCAUAGUAACUCUGAUGGUAGUCAUAGUAACUUGGAUGAUCAUACUGUUGAUAGCAUCACUCGUGGUAAUAACUUGAAAAAGGAAUCAUCAACAGAUGCUGAUGAAACCUUUGAGAAUGUGAUCAGUAGGUUUGAUAAUAUUGAAAGUGCCUCUGAUAAUACCAGUGAACAUGUGGUGAGUCGCAAUGAAGAUGGGGUGGGUCAUGUUGAAAGUGUGGUGUGCCAUGAAAGUCAGAAUGCAUCUGUGACUGAAACAAGUGUGAUAAAUGAAGUAACUACAUCCAAUGUAAUAACCAACACUAUAGAACAUACAACAACUGAAACAAAUUCACACACUGUUGAAGAUUCCAAAAUGUCUGUCUCUUCAGUGGUUGAAAAUGAUUCUUUAAACCAGGUUUCUGAUAAGCCUAAACCAAAUCCAAUUCCACUUAAAUCAAUAUUAAAGGAUACUGAAAAAUCAUAUGAUACACCAAAUAAAUCAAAUGUUAAAGAUAGUGAAACAGUUGAUGACACUGAUAUUGAGUAUACACUUCACCGUCGAAUGUACAUUGGUGGAAUAGACCACAGCACACAUUUUCUUCAACAAUCACACGCCACCACAACAUCUAUGCAAAAAUCACCCCUAUCACCAGUUUCACCGAAAAGUCCAAAUUUUCGUGAACAACAAAGAGCAACAUUACAAAAAAUUCAAAGUAAUUUACAGCACCCAUUGCCACCAAAAUCACCCGAAAGGUCACCAAAAAAUCAGAGACAUUCAGAUUUUGUAAAAAUUCGCAAAUUGCCUCCUAAAAAUAGCUUUUCAAGUACAGAUCAUUCAGUAAGUCCUUUAAUGGAGAAAGAAAUUUUAGAACAGAUUAGAAAAAAUAAGAACAAGCUUAGGGAUGAAGUUCAUGAUGUAAAAGAUGACCAUGAAGAUGCAGAUGACAAUGAUGACGAUGAUGAGAAAGACAGCAGUGAAACUAAGAAUAAUGCUCACGUUGAAACCACCUUUAUUCCAAUAUCUAUUCCUCAAAACUCAAAUGACUAUGACCCAAGUAAGGUUGACCAGACACAAGAUUCUGACAAAAACAAUGAUACCUCGGAAAAUUCCCUUGUAACAACGGAAAAUUCCAUUGCUGAAACUAAGCAAACUUCCAUAAUGAGAAUGGAAAAUUCCAUUGAACUGCUGGAAAAAAGCCACGAAAGUUUAGAAAAUGUUUUGCAUCAGAUGCAACCUGACAGCACUGCUGAGACUAAACAAAGGUUGGACAAUGCAGACAUUACACAGGUGACUGAUAAGCAACAGCUUAAAGAAGAUAAAGAACACAUAGAAGUUGUAACAUUUAAAGACAGUGCCAAUAGCAGCCCAACUAUUGACGUUGCAGAGGAUCUGGUGAAACAGGCCAUCUUUGAUGCAGUUCAACUUGUACAGGAGCAUCCAAAUAAAGUGCUUGAAGACCCUUAUGAACCUGAGCAAAGUACAAGUGAGAACCUAUCUAACAAUGGUAAAGAAAAUGAAGAAGCAGAAGAUGAUAAGAAUGAUAGAGUUGAAGAUUCCAAAGUUGAAGGUGCAGAAACUCUGCAAAAAGAUGGUCAGUAUGUACAAGAAGCCCCUCGGAGUUCAGUAGAUGAUCCUGAAACUGACACAGACGCAAAAGUUGCACAGUCCCAAAAGAAAAGAACCAAAUCUGUCCAGUUUCAGGAAAGCCCUGAAAUACAAUUAAUAGACCCCAUACAAAGAUUCCCAAUUGAUAUGAAUGACCUUCAAAUUAGCAGUAUCCCAUCUAACCAAGAGUCGGCUUUAACAUCUGCUACAAUUGCUCUAUCCUCUGUCAACACAAACUUUGAGUCAACCAAUGGUGACUAUGACCACACAAUACCGCAUGAUGUCAUAGUUUGUGAAUCAACUCCUCCAGGUCCAAACACCCAUGUCAUUGCAAUAUCCUCCUUCAAAGGAACUUCCAAAUGCCAAUCAGAGCAUGAGAUUAAGAUUAGAACAAGUCAAACUGCAGCAACCAUUGAUGCUAGUGAGCCAGUGAGUUUCUCCGUUGUUAGGCCAGCAUCCAAUAUUGAGUUUGAACGUCAAUCAUCCACCGAGAGUACGGAAUUUAGCCAAUCACAAGGACUUACUUUCUCCUCAUUUGGACACACCAUAACAAAAACUAACAAGAAUCGUAAAGAUGUCGAGAGAAAUGACGAGAAAUCAACUUAUACAUCAUAUAGUAUGGGAAUAGAUUCAGGAGUUCUUCCAAUUGAGGACCCACCCAUUACCAAUGAGAUUACAACAGACUCUAGAGCUGAUGAGCAUUCAGUUACCAUGGCUACUAUAUCACAUGGCACAGUUACCACGACGACUGUUACUAAGCAAUCUAAAUUAAAAUCAGAAAAUGAGAUUACACAAAGUGCCUCUGGGGAUCCUGAAAUAGAUCCUAAUAUGGGAACUGAAGGAAAGAAGGCUCUCACAAUAGCUGGAAAUGGACUUCGUUAUGCAGACAGUAACUCUUCAGAUGAAGACAACAGCCUGCACAGGUCAGCAUCCGAUGACUCUUUCGAUGAUGCAGAGAUUGUGAAAGGUGAUCGUCCAAUAUCAAUAGGACUAUCAGAUUCUGAUAAUGAGGAGCAAGGACCUGCUAAGUUCACAUAUAUUUUGAAUGAUGAUAACUCAUCAUCAAGCUCCUUGGAGCUACCAACACCUCCUCCACAGAGACACAAGACAAGGUCAACUGAGGCCACACAGGUGAAUUCUGGGAUAAAACCUCCUGCUCAAGUCCACAUCAACAUUCAGUCACCCUCCUCUGAAGACACCGACGCUAUGCCUUACCAGUCCUCUGGGUCAUCAUCCCAUAAAGUAGUCCAUCAAGUUAUUGAACAAAUCAGACAGAAGGAGAGCAAUGGCCAUGAGACCACGUCAAGUUUCUCUGAAGAGGAAGAAGUUAAAGCAUUUGAGGAAGGUGUACUUAAAGGAGCUAAGGUUGACCUUGUUGAACAGGAGGAAAUGUCAAGUGAGAGUGAGUAUGAAGGCCCAGCUAUUAUUGAUAAACCACCAGAAGAGCUCUAUGAGGAAGACUUAGAUGAGCUUGCACAGAUUCAAGAAGAGCCGGAGCUCGAAGAAGAGGAAAUGGAAAACAUGAAAGAAGUUAAAGCUGAGGAGAUCAUUGAUGAGAAAGUGACAACAAAGAAGAUGAGAGUUCGUGGUAUUCCAGAUGUUGAUAUCGAUGACAGUGUCUCAGGAAGUACAGAACGUCUGUUGGCAGGUUCAAUAUCAAGCUCUAGUGAUAGUAGUUUACAAGAAGCACAUGUCGAAGGUCAAGGUCAAGGAGCCAUGGGUGAACAUUACAGUGAGGUUAUUUCAAAUCAGUAUUCAAUGGAAGAUGUGGUACAUCAUCAAUCAACCAGCUCAGUAACACAUACCCACACUAUAGAGACAGUCACAACAGCUCAAGCAUCAGCCAUUACCACUCACCAAGGCUAUGAGGCUGGGGAUGAUUGUUUUAUGGAGCCUAAUUUCAACCUUGAUAAUGAGGCAGAACAAGACCCCUUAGAAUCAUUAGAAAUGUUAAACAAGCCUUAUAUCCUUCAUUCUGAUAGUGGGGAUGAUUCAAGUAGCUCCAGCAGUAGUAGCUCAGACUCUGACGUAGACUCGGAACCAAUCAUAAUCCAGAAACAAAUCGACAAACACCAUAUAAGUAUUGAAGUUAAGGGCAGGUCCAAGAAUAAAGCAAGACGUCAUACUAGUUCAGUAGAACUGGAGUUGUCAAAUGGGAAAGUCAUAGAGAAUCCCCUGUCUUCUUUGAGUCCUGGAACCCCUGUUAGUCCUGACAGUGAUGAAGUCUUCACUAAUCUAUAUGCACAGGGAAGGUUUGCUGGUAGUAGUUCAGUAAGCCCUAGAGUCGUACACAAGAAAUAAAAGUUACACGAUUUUGCUUAUUACAAGGAAGCAUCAUUUGUAGUAGUCCAAUAAGCCCUAAUUCAAGAAUUAUCCAAAAUAAGUGAUUCAUUGAAAUAAGAGAACAUGAAUAGAAGUUUUUGCUUUUCUCUCUCUCUCUGGUAUUUUUGCCAAAUAUGUAUAUAACAUUAGGUUAGAAGAAUUUAGAUAUUUGAUGAUUGAAUUUGAACUCUGCAAUAUUAGGGAGAAAACUUUGUGAAACAAUAAUUAGAUCUAGGAAAUGUUAAGAUACAAAAAUUAAGAUAUAAUGAUUAUUAGGUUAGAGAGACCAUUUAUUUUGUCUCAACUAAAUACUUCAAAAUGUUCCUAAAUGCAUUUCUGAUGUUGUAGAAAUCCAAUACAAUGGAUCAGCCUUCCUGUACAGUAUAAAUAAAAUGUACGAUAAAAUGUAAGAAAAUACAUGUAGAUAAGUACAUAGAUUAAUAAAUAAAUAGGGUAAUACAAUAAAUGUUGAAGAAACUUUAGAAUUCGGCAAAAUUUUACAAUGCAUAAGAUAAAUAAACUAAUUUAAAAAGAAGUAAAGAUAGGAUUUAUUGUAAAAGUUAAUAUUAAAGGGGACAAAAUCAGAUAAGCUUAUAAAAUUCAGAUGAAUAUUUAAAUAUUUAUAAAGAUUCGAGAUAUGAAUAAAGUUGCCAAUGGUAAAUAAAAUUAAAUCUAAAUAAGAUAAGUAAACUGGGCAAUAUAAAAUAAGUGGGCAAAAAUUCAGAAUCAGAUGUGAUCUAAGUAGAAGAAACUCGUGCCAUCAUCUUACUAACUCAAUGUGCAAUGAAACAAUAUGUAAAAGUAUUCAAUUUUUUUUAUUAAUGUUAUGAUUUAUAACUGAAAUUAAUUAGUACUAUCUAUAUCUUAUUUUUUAUAUUUAAGGGACUUCAAUUAAGUGUUUUAUUAUUUGCUUUACUAACAUACACUCAUUAAAUCACAAGCAUGCACCAAACAACAUGGGUGCACUUUGAGUGGUCAGUUGGGGCACGCCCCUAUCCUUAUAUGGUGUCAAGGUCAACAUAAUAACAACAUGUAAUAAUAACAAUUCAAUCUCAAGAUUUUGUUUAAUUAAUAAAAUAUUUUGGAAGAACCAAGAAGGUUUUGCAGCUUUACUUCAAAUCUUUGGAUUGAGUAAAGUAAAAUGAAAUAUACUCACUUGUUUGGUUGUUGCUUGAAAGUCCUAUUGCAAUAGUAUGGCAUGAACCAAUCCUCCUUAAGUAUUAGUAACCUCUUGAAUCCCAGGCUCUAAAAUUGGUUCAAACAGGAGAAUUUUUCAUUUUUUCCAGUUUUUGAAAUUUUACUACCUACAUAUACAAUGUGUGAUACUCAAUUUAGUAAAAUUAGAUGGCAGGGUUCGUUUUUACACAUUUUAAAACAACUUUUGUGUAAAGUAGAUGAAUAUUGUCCAAAUAAGAGCAAUUUUAGUGCGAAAUUUUGUGACAGAUUAACUCUUCACUCUGGGUUUCAAGGUCAUCUCCAAGGUGACGAGAAAUCUCGGCAUUCUGGGUAUUUAAGAGGUAAAUAUACAAGAAAUGUAACUCCAUUUGAGCUUAAUUCUUUGUCACCCCUUUAAUCAAAGGUUUGAAAACGUAGCUCACAAAUGAGAUUAAUAUGAGAGAGCACAAUUUCUAAAUAAUUGAAAAUAAUUAUUUUAGAUGACCUCACCUUAACUACUAAUAUAAUAAAUAGUUUAAUAAUAUAAUAUUUAAUAUUAACAGUUAACAGUUUUUAAUUAUAUGAAGUAUAACUACAUUAUUUGCAUGAUUUAAUAUUAAUAAUAUAUAUAAAUCUAAUCGUGUUUGAAAACAUUAUGAUGACUGCAGUAAAACUUUAGUUCAUAUUUUUAUUUUAUUUCUGUUAUUUUAUAAAGCUGUACAUUGUAUACUAAGUUUGCUUUAAUAUUUAUUUCAUGCAUAACAUACCUGACCUAGAAUAUCAUUGAAUAUAUAUGGUACUGAUUUUAUAUAUAGGGCAAAAGUUUGAAGCAUUAUUUUCAAUUUCAAUUUCUGUAUAUUGGGAUGCAACUUUGUUAAGGUAUGUUGUACUUUAUGUUUCUAUGCUAGGAUAAAUGCCCUCAUUUAUUGUGAGAUAUGCCCUAGUUUUUGAUAUAUACCCUUGUUUAGUGAUAUGUUCACCUUUCAAAGGUCAGUUUAUAGCAUGGGCAUAUAUAUCCAAGUGAGGGCAUAUAUCAUGAUCUAGGAUGGAGUAUGCCAAUGAGUAGCAACAUGACCUUCACCUCUAGUUUGCAUGUGAGCUUAACUGACCUUUAACUUGACCUUGACCCUAUGACAUCACAUGACCUUUAACCUGGCACCCUUCAAUCCAAGGUCAUUGUCAUUCGCAUUUUGAUUAACCGCAUGUCGAGGUGAAAUGAGAUUUUGGCUGAAACAUCCAGAUUGUUUACUCCAAUUACCAUAUGCUUACUAAAAAUAAUAAUCAUUAAUAAAUUAAAAUGAUUCAAAUCAAUAUUGUGUUUUUGAGGAAAGCAAAGAUUACUGGUCAAAUGGGUCGACUCUGCCACCUUUUGAGUAAAUCAUGGACUAGAUUUCUUAAGAAAAAGGAAAUUGUAUCAAUUUUCCGUUAAUUGUGUUAAAGAUAUUGAUUUUUUAUCCUGGCUGUUUUCUGAUAAAUGUAACAAUGAAUGAACUAUUAGGCUAUUGUAAAUAGACACAUCCUAUUGCGGCAAUAAGUUAACCUUACCUUACAAACAAUUUACAGAUUUCCUUACUUUAAAACAAACUGAAAAUUGUAUAUUUGUUUAAACUGUUAAUUUAUACAUCAAGAAUUAUCAUCUGUAUGUUAUUAAGUCGAGUAGGACUAAUUCUGUUCAUAACAUUCUGAUAUUAUAAGAAAUGUUCAUAUAAAGAUGUGUUCAGUAAGAAUAUAGAAUCUGAUUUGUCCCCAAGACUGUAUAUUUAGUGAUUAUUAGUAAAAUUAGAUGGCAGGUUUAAUUGGAAUGUCCAUAAGUUGACGUUGGACAAACUAGUAUGGGAUUAUGGAACGUAUGGGAUUAUGGAACAUAUGUGGUUAUGGAACAUAUGUGGUUAUGGAACAUGUGGGAUUAUGGAACAUGUGGGAUUAUGGAACAUAUGGGAUUAUGAAACAUAUGGGAUUAUGAAACAUAUGGGAUCAAAACGACAUAUGGAAUUAUGGUUAAAUAUAAGAGGUCAGGUUUGUUAACAUUGUAAAUGCCCCUUGGUUUGCUUACAGUGAAACUUCUCAACUUAAACACCUCAAUAAAAUUGAUCCUCAAUUUGAACAUUUUUUCAAAUCUCACAUUGUCCAUGUUUUGAUUGAACACUUUUUUGCUUGAUCACAAGGGUGUUCACAUCAGAGUUUUACUGUGUUUACUUAUAUUCAUUUACAAGCUUUUUCCCUUUUUAAACCAAGUAUUACGUAAAUAGUCCUGUUAUAUGAUUCUGACAUACAACUAUGUCUAUACCGAAAAUUUGAUUUUGCUUUUAUUUAUUUAAUGUUAAUUAAUCAGCUUAAAUUAGACUUAAUUGAAGACAAUUAUAUCAUUUAAUCGUUUCAAGUGUCAACAUCAAAUUUUAAUUUCUGAAGUAAAAUAUGAAAGAAAUAUUAUUAAUUAGCAUUGUAAUUAAAAGUCAUUAAUUAGUAGAAAAGCCAUAAAAUCGGUUAGCUUCCAAUUAAUGAGUAAUAUUAGAUUAGGUUGGUCAAUAUUAUUGUUGUAUUGAAGU